UUGAAGUCAGACGCGUCCGGCAGAUUCAUCGUGGGAAAGGACUCUCAACCGAUGCAACUUUGGCAACUCUUGGACCCUGAAGGGAAGCCUCGUUAUACAUUGAUACCAGCUACAUCAAAUUCACCGAAGACCUUAUCAAACGAGGUCGACCCUCCCAACAUCAAAGUCGAGGUCGGGGACGACGUAGGAGGUCAUCGGAGCUGCAGAAGUGGGACACAACCUGAAGAGAAUCGCUACCUUGGCUCGAUCGCCCACCUGUGUGAAGUCGGGACCGACUGCUUCCCUUGCGACAGGUGUAAGAUGAAGUUUCCAGCAGAGAACAUGCUCGAAAGGCACAAACUCUCCCACAGGUCGGUGGUGAAGAGGUUAUCAGCGAAAACCCGACCUCCGAAGUCCUCCAAGUCCUUGCGACUCCGCAGCAACCUUUGCGACUUCAGGUGCAGAAAGGAAGGUAAAUUGCGGAUCCACCAAUGGAGGAGGCAUCGCGAAAGACCUAAAAAGGAGGGCCACAACUGCACCGAAGUUGCCUCGUUGCAAAUGCAGAAGAAACUAGAGACAAAGGCAGUCGUGGCCGAGGCCGAGGAGUUCAAGUGUAGGAGGUGCGACUUCAAAUGCUACGAAAAGGACAGUCUCGCUUCUCACGUGUGGAUCACUCACCAGGAAGUGCAAACCGAUGGGAAAUUAUCCUGCGGAUCCUGCAGUUUCGAAUGCAAGAGAAACAGCACCCUGGCCUGCCACAUUAACCGGAACCACACAGUACCUGAAGAGGACUUCCCAAAGAAGGAGUUCCGCUGCGAGAAGGGCAACUUCAAGGGGAGAAAAAAGGACAACCUGCAGCCACAACUCGGGCCUGAUAACGCGGAUAAUAAGGACGCAGAUAGCGUCGAUUUCAGGUGCACCAGGUGCGACUUCACCUGCAAGAAGCGAACGACGCUCGCUUCUCACGUGGCCAGGAAGCACGAAAUGCCGGAGCGUUGUAGGUGCGACCUUUGCGACUUCGAGUGCUCCAAGAAGAGCACUCUCUACUCCCACAAGAGGCGCCACAAAGUGGAGAACGCCACCGAGUUUUAUGCCUGCAACGAGUGCGAUUUUAAGACCAACAAGAAAAGUUCCCUCUUUUCGCACAUUAAGAGGAAGCACAAGGACUUGAAAUCGAAGGCGACGGGCGACGCUCUGGAGCUUUUCUUCUGCAGCCAGUGCGAUUACAAGAACAAGAACAAGUACGAGCUGAAGGUGCACGUAACGCGCAAACACACGGACGACUUCAAGUUCUCCUGCGAGACCUGCGGCAAGAAGUACAAGAUCAAAGGCGACUUGACCAACCACAUACGGUUCACACACAAGGAGCAGCCUGUCAUUUGCGACGUGUGCGGUAAAACCUGUCUGAACAGCAACAGUCUCUAUGUCCAUCAGAAGUUCGCCCACUACAAGGCCAAGUUCGAGUGCAAUAUCUGCAAACGCAGAAUGGUCAGCCAGGAGAACCUCGAUGAACACCUACUGCGGCAACACGAAAAGCGUGAAAAUGUGGUCUGCGAAGAAUGUGGAAAAACAUUCUCCAGGAACAGUAGACUCAAGGUCCACAUGAGGAUCCACACGGGCGACAGGCCUUAUAGUUGUACUGUCUGCAGUAAAUCCUUCGCUCGCAGGACUGCCUUGAAGCAACAUUUCUUGAUCCACACUGGUAUCAGACCCUAUGUUUGCGACAUCUGCGGAAAAGCCUUCACGCAGAAACCGGGGCUUAUCAGCCACCGGAAAUCCCAUCCUGGAUCGCAUCCCCCUCUGCCCAGAGUGCUCAUCGAUCAUAUCUUGAAUGACGUUAUGAACAAUUAGUACCGAUAAACAAUACUCAUGCCGUAAUAACGAGUUAUCGAAGCAUCGGUAACGAGAGAAGUUAAAAAAUACCUCGUAAGUGACAAACCUUUGCUCUACGGUGAGCUUUGAAAAUCGUCAUAACGUAAGUCUGACCGGGAUUUGUUUCGUUGGAAGUGAUAAUGUUUAUGCGAUUAGUGAACAAUUGACAGCAAAUGGAGAUAUCCACGGUAGCGAAAUUGUUAGAUAAUAUACUAAUUGGUCUAGCCAUUAAAGGGUGUAGAUUUAUAACACUUGAUACCUUCACUUUGGCGCCCAAGAAAAAGUUAAGAAUACUUAAAUAGUUCGGUGUUUGUGAUCAUAAGUCUAUUUGUUUAUGAUAACGCGUACACGAUAUGUUUCAUAUACACAUUCUGAAAGCACACGUUUAGAUGAACUCGGAAAGAUGACUUCAUUCAGAAAUCUAAACAUUUAGAUCCAUACUUAUAUCUCACUAUUAGCGUUAAAAUACGUCUUGUCUAUAAUGUAAAAUACGGAUUGUUGAAUUAAUUCAUUUACACUUGGUUAAGUUAAAAAAAAUCUUUCUCUAUUAAACAACAAUACUAAUUUAAAUAUAGUAACUCUUAGGAUCUAUUAUACAUUUUAAUUGUGACUAUAUUAAAAAUUUGGUUAAUUAAUAACGGAAAGAUUUUCUAAGGCUAACUCAUCCAAGUGUAAAGAAAUUAAUUUAACAAUGUAAAUAGUUAAAAUACGUCUUUUAACACUUAAAGUGAAGUAUAAUUGCAAGCCUUAGGCUUUCAACCUGAGUUUCAUUUUCCUCCGUUCAAAAUGUUGUUUAGUCAACAAUGUAAUAAAAAUCCGCACUUACUUCAUGUAAAAAAUAGAAUUGUGCGAAACUUUUCCUAGACGAGCUCUGAAGUAGAUCUUCACCUAGGCAGUUAAUACACUGAGAAGAAUA